GAUCAAAUUCAAGAAGAGCGUGACUCAUUUUUUGAAUGGAAUUUAAUAUUUUAAUCUAUCGAUCCUUAAAACACAUUCCUUUGCUUCAAUGAUUUAAAAGAAUCCUACAGAAUGUUUCAGAUGUCCCAGAUAAGGGCUUUACAAUGUUAUUUUCGAAUUUCCCGCCUCGAAAGAUUGAACUCAAUCAGCGUGCAGAAAAACAUUCGUCGUUCUCUUGGUUUGUCGUCAAAACGUUGUCUUCCAUUCACAAAGUGGCUUUUUGCUAAAAAAGGGGAAGUUCCUAGCGCUAAAGUAGUACCAGAUAAUAAAGAAUUACAUGGGUUUGUCCUGAAGGAUGAUUUUAACUGGUUACGGGAUGCGAAUUCUCAGGAUGUGAAAAAAUACAUUAAAGAUGAAAACAGGUAUAUGCAGGCAUCUCUAGCAGAUACAGAAAAUUUCCAAAGACAAUUGAUACUAGAGAUGAACCACUGGUUGCCAUUAUGCCAUGAAGUAGAAUCUGUACCACAGAGAAUCGAUCAUCAUAUCUACUACAUAAAAAGUCCUCCUGAGGGAGACAGAAGACUUCCAGUAAUCUGCAGACGAAUAAUAUUCAAGAGUGGGUUACAUGGGUUGCCGCAAAUAAUUCUGAACCAGAAUGAACUAUCUACCAAAUAUCCUCAUGUUGCAGUAUCAAACUUCAAAUUAUCUCCUUCAAGACAGUUAGCUGGUUUCCUGUUAGACAGUACUGGUUUGGAGACAUAUUCCUGUCAUGUCACUAAAGUAUGGGAUGGUCCAUUAGAUAUCAUGGAUAUAAUUCCUAAUGCUGUAAACUUUGAAUGGGGAGCUGAUGAUUCCACUAUCUUUUACACUACACAUGAUGACUUAAAAAGAUCAAACAAGCUGUGGAAACACAAACUGGGUCAAGAUGUAGAUAAGGAUAUCCUGAUGUAUGAAGAGAAAAAUGAGAGGUUUUUUAUGGAUGUGAGUGCAACUAAAGAUAGAAAAUACAUCACAGUUAAUUCAAACGCCAAAGCUACAUCAGAGGUUAGUCUUAUUAGCCUCCAAGACCAGUCAUUCACACACCAACCAUUCUACUCCCGUGAAGAAGGAACAGAGUAUUACGUUGAACACCGAGGAAAAGAAUUCUUCAUUCUCACCAAUGCUGGAGGAUUUAAUUAUCGGGUUGUCAGAGUAGAGGAAUCAAAUCCAGGGAAGGAAAACUGGAAGGAUAUCAUUCCUGCAGAACCAAAUGUUUUUAUCGACGACAUGGAGGUGUUUCAAAACUAUUGCGUUGUGUAUGAACGGCGUCUUACAUCACCUCGCCUGUCAAUCAUCUCACAUGAUGACCCGGAUGACGUUCAUUUUGUCCAUCUUCCUCCUGAGAUAUGUUCCCUGCUUCCUGGAUCAAACCAGAUGUUCAAGACAGAUGUUUUUCGCUUCCAUGUUUCAUCACCUAUUGUCCCUCCGGAAGUCAUGGAAUAUGACAUGUCUACUGGUACAAUGAAAGAACUUCACCCUGUUUUGUCACGUAAACCGAAAUACUCAAGUUCUGAAUAUCACUGCAUGAGGACAGAAGUACCCAGCAAGGAUGGUACAAUGGUUCCAAUCACCCUCUUCCACCACAGGAACGUCAAGAAGAAUGGAAAGAACCCGAUGUUGCUCUGUGUUUACGGUGCCUAUGGAGUGAAUGUCGACAUGAGUUUUAACCUUGAGCGCUUGUGUCUCCUGUCUAGGGGAUGGGUGUUGGCUUUCUGUCACGUCAGGGGAGGAGGAGAGGUUGGUCGGGAGUGGUAUCACCAAGGCAGACUACAUAACAAACACAAGAGUUUUGAGGAUUUCGAGGCUUGCACUGAACAUUUACAAGGAAUGGGAUAUUCCAGUCCCUCACUGACAGCAGCAACAGGGACAAGUGCUGGUGGCCUGGUAGUGGGUGCUGUGUGUAAUAGAUCACCUCACCUAUACAAGGCUGUGAUACUGAGGGUCCCAUUUCUUGACGUUCUUUCAUCAAUGCUGGAUUCGUCGCUACCUCUGACGUCUCAAGAAUACGACGAAUGGGGAGACCCGAGGAAAAGUGCAGAAGACUUUAAUUACAUCAAAUCGUAUUGUCCAUACCAUAAUGUCACUAAAAGGAGCUAUCCAUCAAUGCUGGUACGUGGUGCGAUGCAUGAUGACCAUGUUCCAUACUGGGUACCCCUCAAAUGGGUGGCAAAAAUAAGAAAUGAGGUACAGCAUGUGGAAAGUAAUCCUACAAACGACGAUGACAAGGAUGACAAGGAUGACAAGGAUGAUAAGGAUGAAAGCAUUUCCUCAGCUCCUUUAGUUCUAUGUUCCAUUGAUGAUGAAGGCGGGCAUUUUGGAAGCACUAGUUCUGAAACAGUCAAAGAGAUGGCCAGGGAGUUCGCUUUUCUACACAAAGCACUUGGGCUUCCGUUAAAAUAACACCUAUGACGUCAUCAAUAUCGAGAUAUCCAAUAUCCCCGAUGACCACAUCAAACAUUAUUCAAAUCAUGUUAUAUAAUGCUAUAUUUUUAUAUAUUAUUAAUGCACUCAAGGGGUCUCUAAAAGGGAUUGGUGAUAAUACCAUACCUCAGGAAACCCAGUUUUGCAUUUUUGCGGUACACUUCUUGCUCAUAGCACAGUGUAAUAAUGCUCAACCCAGAAUAAAGCCUUUUUUUCACUUUCAAAA